AUGCCCGACGCAGUGCCCACGAUCAUCAAAGCGGAAAUGAGUGAACAAAUGCGUGAGGAUGCCGUUCAGACUACAAUGGAAGCGUUGAGCCGUAACAAAAAUGAGACUGAUAUCUUGAAAUAUAUCAAAUCCGUAUUCGAUGCCCGAUACAAACCGUCUUGGCACUGUGUUAUGGGGAAAAAUUUCUGCAGCUACUUCACUUACGAGGAGAAUUGUUACAUCUACUACUCGAUCGCCGGACGAGACUAUCUCUUGUUCAAAACCCCGUCACAAGAAGAACCAAAAUAG